AACGGAGAAACAAACAGAACAGUAAAUAAAUUCGAUAAUAAUGGCGGAGGAGAGUCGCUGCGGCGGAAACACUGUUGCGAUCUGCGUCCGUACACUCUCCGGAGAAUCUACGAUUGUUCAGGUUUCCUCGGACGGGACGAUUCGCGACCUCAAAGUUGCCCUAAAAUCCUCUUUCGCUCCCGCUUCCUCCUCUCCCAAUUUCAAUCUGUUCUUCCAGGGUUCGAAAUUGAGUUUGAACAGUAGAGUGGCUACAACUGCCAUUAAUGGCGGUGAAUUCUUGGUUUUGGUUCCUUUUGUUAAGAAGGAGCGUCCACAAACCCCAAAACCUGAUUUAUCAGAGCCUCCAUUGAGUUCAAGCUUCUCCAGUUCCGCGUAUUCCACAAUGAUUCGAGAAGCUUCAGCCUCCAGAGCUGAGAAUCAUUCUGCUGGGCUGAAAAGAAAACGGGACCAAGAGAAGCCGUGUUGUCCAGUUGAAUUCUUGAAAGGUGUUUUGGAGUCUGAUGGUUGUAAAGAUGAGUUCGAGGGUCAGAAGAACACAGAGAAGCUUGCUGAGGUUUUGAAGUCUAGGAAUUGCUUGUCUUCUCCUGGUUUCGCAAAGUGCUUGAUGUCGAGGGAAACAAGCGGCUACUCGUGUUCUUGUCCAGAUUGGUUGAAAUUGUCGAUGGAGACGUUCACGUUUCUGAACCUGUUUUCAUCUCUUAUUGAAUCGGUCGGAGAAAAGUUGUACUUUACACGAUUGGAGGAAUCGCUUGCCCGGUUAGCAAAUUCUGGAGUUCGUGUCGGUAUAGAGGACGUCAAGAAUCUUUCGAUUUUAUGCCCCAAGGUAGUAAAGGUUGUCACCGAUGAAUUUGAGGCUGCUAACUAUGAGAAUGCUAUAGUUAUAGCUGAUUUUCUUGAAACAGAUGGAGGUACCAAAUAUGAGAAACCAGGUCUGAAGAAAACUCCACUUUCAAAGGUCUUUAGUUCUAUUAAAAAGCGGGAGACUUCUUUUAAGGCUGCAUUGUGGGAGUCCAUCAAGUCGCUACUGUUGAAAAAACGUUGUAAGAGGGGAGAAACUGUUUCCUUGGAGGACAUGCUUAUCUUCGCCAGGGAGAGUACACGUGUCGGUGUCAACGAGGAUGGACAGACUGGAAAAGAUAAAUUUCCUCCCUCUGGCUCUCGUUCAUCCCGGAAGUUGUGUCAUGGCACAAAUUCAUUGCUACCAUUGGAGAUGGUUGAACAUCUCAGGAAUGGUUUUGGAUCUAAAGGACAGAUAGUUCAUGUUGAAGAUAUCAAUGCUCGAAAAGCUGUCUACGUCGAAGUACCAGAUGAGCUCUCAGAAAUCACGAAGUCUGCCUUGAAACGGAUUGGAAUCAAUACAUUAUACAGCCAUCAGGCUGAAUCGAUUUCAGCAGCCUUGUCUGGGAAGAAUGUUGUGGUUGCAACCAUGACUUCCAGUGGAAAAUCUCUUUGCUAUAAUGUGCCAGUCUUUGAGAAAUUGACCAUUGAUACAGAUGCUUGUGCCUUGUACUUAUUUCCAACCAAGGCCUUAGCUCAGGAUCAGUUUAGAGCGUUGUCCGAUUUAAUAAAAGGAUACGAAGCUAGCAUAAAUAUGGGGGUGUACGAUGGUGAUACUCCUUAUAAGGAUAGAACAUGGCUGAGGAAUAACGGUAGACUGCUGAUCACAAAUCCUGAUAUGUUACAUAUGUCAAUCUUGCCUCUUCAUGGGCAAUUCAGACGGAUUUUAUCAAACCUUAGGUACGUUGUAAUCGAUGAAGCCCAUACUUACAAGGGAGCGUUUGGCUGUCACACAGCUCUUAUAUUGAGAAGACUACGCCGCCUCUGCUCUCAUGUUUAUGGCGUCAAUCCCUCAUUCAUAUUUUGUACUGCAACAUCUGCUAAUCCUCGAGAACAUUGCAUGGAGCUUGCAAACUUAUCUGAGCUCGAGCUGAUAGAGAAAGAUGGAAGUCCUUCCUCCAAAAAGCUGUUUGUCCUGUGGAAUCCUACAGUCCCUCCAACAAUUAAAUCUGAAGAAAGCUCGAAGGACAUGAAAAGUAAAGGAGAUGCUGCAGAUGAUUCAUCAAGCCCACUUUCUGAAGUAUCACACCUUUUCGCAGAGAUGGUUCAGCAUGGCCUACGCUGCAUUGCUUUUUGUCGAUCUCGCAAACUUUGUGAACUUGUUUUGUGUUUUACGCGUGAUAUUCUCGCUAAGACUGCUCCUCAUCUUGUUGAAGCCAUAUCUUCAUAUCGUGGAGGUUACAUUGCUGAGGAUCGGAGGAAAAUAGAGAGUGAGUUAUUCGGUGGAAAGCUUUGUGGUAUUGCUGCAACAAACGCACUUGAGUUGGGGAUUGAUGUCGGUCACAUAGACGUAACUUUGCAUUUAGGUUUUCCCGGCAGUAUUGCCAGUCUUUGGCAGCAAGCGGGUCGGUCUGGAAGACGAGAAAGGCCCUCUCUUGCUUUAUAUGUUGCCUUUGACGGUCCCCUUGACCAAUACUUCAUGAAAUUCCCGAACAAGCUCUUCCGUAGUCCAAUUGAGUGUUGCCAUCUUGAUUCUCAAAAUGAACAGGUCCUUGCGCAGCAUUUGGCUUGUGCUGCUGUUGAGCACCCAUUGAGUUUGCAGUACGAUGGAAAACACUUUGGUUCUAGCCUAAACAACUCUCUUGAAUUGCUCAAGAACAGAGGAAUCUUAAGUUUUGAUCCGUCCCGUGAUUCUUCUGCUAGAAUAUGGAACUAUAUUGGUCGAGAGAAAAAGCCUUCGCAGAGAGUCUCUAUUAGGGCCAUAGAGACAGAAAGAUACAAAGUAGUGGAAAAAAGAAGUGACGAUGUCCUAGAAGAAAUCGAGGAAAGCAAAGCCUUUUUCCAGGUCUAUGAAGGAGCUAUUUAUAUGAACCAAGGAAGGACUUAUCUGGUCGAGGUUUUGGAUACAAAAGAAAAGAUAGCUUUGUGUAAAUUAGUAAACGUGGAUUACUACACCCGGCCUCGGGAUUGCACACAUAUCCAUGUACCUGGUGGUGAAACUGCUUACGCAUUCAAGGCUCCAAAGAAUCAACUAGAUAAGACAACAGCACAAGCUCAACCCUGUAGUGUGAAAACAGACUGGCUUGGAUUUUACCGUAUCCGGAAAAAGACCAGUACAGCAUAUGAUUCUGUUGAUCUCUCGCUCCCAAGUUACUCUUACCAAUCACAGGCUGUUUGGAUUCAAGUGCCUGAGUCGGUAAAAAAAGCAGUGGGCAAUGAUAACUUCCGUUCUGGUUUACACGCUGCUUGUCACGCUCUUCUCCAUGUUGUUCCACUAUUUGUGCGUUGCAACUACUCAGACUUAGCUCCGGAAUGUGCAAAUGCAAGUGAUACAAGCUAUUUUCCAUCAAGAAUAUUACUAUAUGAUCGUCAUCCUGGAGGAACCGGCAUAUCCGCCCAGAUCCGUCCAUUUUUCACCGAGCUUCUAAAAGCUUCGGUUGAUCUCUUAAAGGCAUGCUGCUGCUCAGCUGAAAGUGGUUGCCCCGGUUGCGUUCAAAACUUUGCUUGCCACAAUGAUCUCCUACAUAAGGAUGCAGCCAUCACGAUCAUUGAGUUUUUCCGUCUAGCGAUGGUGGGGUGGGCGAUAGCGUUACACGGCGGCGGCGGAGACAUUCCGAUCGAUCUCCCUGACGAGCGACGUAUCCCUCGUGAGACGGCCCUCCGUCACUGCCUCGAUCUCGGCGUUUCCGCCCUCAAAUCCGGCAAACAUCCAUUGGACGUCACCGAACUCGUCGUUCGUGAACUUGAGAACCACCCAGACUUCAAUGCUGGUAAAGGAUCCGUUUUAACUGCGCAAGGCACUGUUGAAAUGGAAGCUUCCAUUAUGGACGGUAAAACCAAAACAUGUGGAGCCGUCUCUGGCCUCACCACUGUCGUUAAUCCCGUCUCUUUAGCUCGACUCGUCAUGGACAAAACUCCUCAUAUCUAUCUUGCUUUCGACGCUGCUGAAGCUUUCGCUAGAGCACAUGGUGUUGAGACGGCUGAAUCAAGCUAUUUCGUAACUCCUGAAAACAUUGCAAGGCUUAAACAGGCCAGAGAGUUCAAUCGUGUCCAGUUGGAUUACACAGCGCCUACACCUGAAAUUCGUGGCGACAGCCAGGUAGGAACUGUGGGGUGUGUAGCAGUGGACGGUGCUGGAAACCUAGCUGCGGCCACUUCAACUGGCGGUUACGUCAAUAAAAUGGCGGGCAGAAUCGGAGACUCCCCGUUGAUCGGCGCAGGAACGUACGCAAACCACCUCUGUGCCGUCUCAGCCACUGGUAAAGGAGAAUAUAUAAUCCGUGCAACCAUGGCUAGAGAAGUGGCUGCACUUAUGGAAUACAAAGGUCUGUCUCUAACCGAGGCCGCGGCUUAUGCUGUUGACCAAUCCGGACCCAGAGGAACCUGUGGGCUCGUUGCUGUCUCUGCUAAUGGUGAAGUUGCUAUGCCGUUUAACACCAACGGGAUGUUCAGAGCCUGUGCAACCGAAGAUGGUUACACUGAAGUCGCAAUUUGGCCAAAAAAUUGAAAUUUCACUAGACGGACGGGUAGCAUAUAGUCUACUCUGUGUUUCUGCUUUGAAUUCGAACUCCCGCUUACAUAUAUAUAAAUAACAAAGGAGUUUACAUUAUAGUUUCCUGUGUUAUGAUGUUAAAUAUUAAAUUUAAAUUUUAAACUUUAUAAAAUAAAAUCAUAUUGUAAAUUA